AUGGCUGGGCGGCCGCGAAUGAAGGAGCAGCUGGGCGUCGGCCCUGCCGGCUGGGGGCUGGUCGCGCUAGCGCUGGCCGUGGCUGCGGCUGGAGUCGCGUGCCAGCAGCCCCUGGCGUUCCCUCGCGCCAUUAGUGGCCUGGCCGUGAGCCGCAGGCACUUGCUGGUGGCCAGCGGCCACUGUUUGUACGAAGUGGAGCCCUCGCUGGCCUCGAAGACCGCGCGCCAUUGCUGGGAGCCGGACUCGGUUAACAAGCUCCUGCUGCCCUUCGGCGACGACCGCCUGCUCACCUGUUGGACCGAGCCGCGAGGCACAUGCUACCAGCAGAGCCUCAGCGGCAGCGGCGCCAACGACACCCUGCCGAAGACGUUUGGGGAGGAAUUGGUGAGCUGCCUGUCGCAGGGCUUCGCGGUCGGGACGAUGUACUAUAAUGGCAACAAUCCCAGCUCCGGUUGGUACCUGGUGGUAGCCACGACGCGCAGUCUGGCUGAUUCCUCGGAUACGUGCACUGCUGUAGAAAGCACGGCCAGAAUGGCGGUCAGCAUCAAAGGAGAAAACCAUCAGAUUGUGAAAGUCGACCAGCACCUGACGGUGACCAAAGAAAAUUUCUUGUACUUCGUGGAUGCCUUUCUGUGGAACAAGCAUUUCUUCUUUCCUUAUUAUCAUUACAACCUCAGCAUGGAGCCCAGGAUGCUCAUCUCCAAGCAAGACUUGGCGAGCAAUGAUUUAAGACAAAAUGGCCUAAAGGUGUUGCAAUGUGGCCGCCGGACCAAAAUCCUGGCCUCUUCCUACAUCGAGCAGCGCGCUGUCUGGGUGGGGGUCUUCGGCUCAGCUGAGGUAGAGACCGCUCCAACUUCUACGGCCCUUUGCAUCUUCGACCUGAGUCAGUUGCUGAAGAACAUGGAAGGCUGCAACUUCCAUUCCAUAGAUUUCGUCUCGGACUCCUUUAAAUAUUCUUCAAAUUGUGACAAGAUAGCAUGGCCAUUCAACAACUCAACUUCUCUGUCUCACUCUAAUUUGGUGUCAGUUUAUGCCACUGUGGUUCUGAACAAGACAGUUUUGUUUCUGGGAACAGGAAAUGGGCAGUUACUGAAGGUUAUCCUUGAUGAGAACAUGAAGCCGAAUUGUCCAGAUAUUUUAUAUGAAAUUGAGAAAGAAACAGCAAUUUUUCACAAACUUGAACUUGACCCUGUGGAUGAGGAUUACAUUUAUCUACCAUCUAAUAAAGAGAUCAGAAGAAUACAAGUUGCAAAUUGCAGCAAGUAUAUUUCCUGUAAAGGCUGUUUAUCUGCAAUGGACCCACACUGUGGAUGGUGUUAUUUAAAGACAAGCUGUACUUUAAAAGGUGAAUGUUCUUUUUCAAAUAAUUCAAUGGACUGGGCAAACAUUUCAGAUGGAACAGAUAAAUGCCUGAAAAUCUACACAUCACCUAAUCUUGACAGAGGUGAGAUUUCUGUGACUGCAGUUGGAAAGUUUUCAGGACAUUCUGAAAGACGUUCCAGUUGCAAAGUAAUAAAUGCAAUGACCAAGAAACUUCUUUGUGAGAAUGUGAAUCCAGACAAUACAAACUGUUCCUGCCACCUAAAGAGAUCAGAUCUAAUAGACAAAGUUCAAGUAUUACUCUUCUCUGGUUCUCGGAAUUUAUCAGAAAUGCUUGAAUUUAAUGAGUGCUCAUCAAAGAAAAUAUGCUCAGAAUGCAAUCGUGAUGGCUGUUCCUGGAAUGCUAGAGAAAACAAAUGUGUUGCCUCUACUGUGACUUGUAAAAGAAAGGUGGACUGCAGUAGGAUUAUCAAUGUAUCUGAUGGGAAGGAUACUUCACGGAGACUAAAGCCCAUGAGGAUUACUUCCAUUGAACCAAUGUGGAUAUCAGCAUUAGGCAAAAGUGAAGUCCUAGUCAUAGGAGAAAACUUUACAGGAUCAAACAUGUUGAUGGAGAUAACUGGAACCAGUAGUUGCAAACCAGAUGAGAUACCUGCCACCGAGGUGCUAAAUCGCACACACAUGAAAUUCUGUUUACCACCAAGUCGCAAAGAAGUCAAGAGCAUAUGCAUAAAGGAAAAUGGGUUUGAGUGUUCACCCCCUGUGACACUACAUUAUGUCUCUCUCCCUGAAUGUUUCGAGAUCUUUCCAAAUAUUUCCUGGGAAAGUGGAGGUCGCAGCAUGACCAUACGUGGGAAAUAUUUAAAUAUCACAGAUACAGUGAUUAUUUUAAAUGAAUUGGAUCAAAGGUUGACACAAUUUACAUGCCACAGAAGUAGUGUUGAAUGUAAAUUUACAACGCCAGCUUUUAAGGCUGAGAAAGGAACUGAAAUCGCUAACGUUGUCUUAUACAUUGAAAACAGCUAUAUACCUUGCGUCCAGUUUCAAUAUCAUACGGAUCCUCAAUUUAUUCACUAUGAACUGACAACUGAUUUAGAACCAGAGCUGGAGUUAAAAAUACAUAAAGAAAAUGACAACUUAAAUAUUUUAAGAAGUGAGAUUGAAAUUUUUCUGUCUCAUAUGGCUGGUAACAAAUUGAUAAAUAUAACUUUCACAAUCCAAGAUAUUUCGGACACUACAUCUCGUAGCAUUAUACACUGCAGAGCCAAACAGGAAAAGAAUUCUACUAGCAAGAUUGAUACGUCCAGUGUGAAAGUUUAUGUCAAGGUGGGAAACCUUGUGCAUGAAGUUCCAAAUGAAGCACGCAACUAUUCAUUCUUGUACGUCUUUUUGCUAAUCCCUGUAGUAAUUGCAGUUGCAGUUUUUGUGACCCAAAGAAAAUCCAAGCAGUUAAACCGAAAACUGAGUGAACACCUGGAACUAUUGGAAUUUGAACUUCGUAAAGAGAUACGUGAGGGGUUUGUUGAACUACAGACGGAAGAAUUGGAUGUGGUUGAUAGUUUUGGAACAAUUCCCUUCCUCGACUACAAACACUUUGUUCUUAGGACUUUCUUUCCAGAGGCUGGAGGCACGUCAUCUAUCUUUAUUGAAGACUCCAAUGAGCCCCUUAGCAGAAAUCCAGGACACAAGGAUGAAAGCAGUAUAGCAUUGUAUGCAUUAAUUAGUAACAAGAAUUUUCUCGUUACUCUGAUUCACACGCUUGAAAAACAGAAAACCUUCUCUGUGAAAGAUAGAUGCUUGUUUGCAUCUUUCUUGACGAUUGCACUACAAACAAAUCUAGUCUACUUAACCAAUAUUCUAGAAGUUUUGACAAGGGAUUUGAUGGAACAGUCUAGCAAUAUACAUCCUAAGCUGAUGCUAAGGCGUACAGAAUCAGUGGUAGAAAAGCUGCUGACAAAUUGGAUGUCUGUUUGCCUCUCUGGUUUUCUUCGCGAAACAGUUGGGGAACCAUUCUAUUUGCUUGUAACAACCCUAAAUCAAAGGAUUAAUAGGGGUCCUGUGGAUGUAAUAACUUGUAAGGCCCUGUACACAAUAAAUGAAGACUGGUUACUGUGGCAAGUAACUGAAUUCAGCACAGUGGCAUUGGAUGUUGUCUUUGAAAAAAUCCAAGAAAAUGAGAGUGAAGGCAUUACUCAAAAUAUCCAAGUUAAUGUCCUGGAUUGUGACACCAUAUGGCAAGCCAAAGAAAAAAUCCUGCAAGCCUUUCUAAACAAGAAUGGCUCUCUUUAUGGUCUCCAGCUCAGUGAAAUGGGCCUUGCUUAUCAAUCAGGCACAGAAGCAAAAGAACUUCUGGAUGUAGAUAGUUCCACUGUGAUUUUGGAAGAUGGAAGUACCAAGCUGAACACCAUAGGUCAUUAUGGGAUUUUAGAUGGAGCAACUAUUAAAGUCUUUAAGAAGGAAACAGACCUAUCAGAAGGGGAAUACUCUGACGACUAUUGCCACCUGAUUUUGCCAGACUCUGAAGCUGCCAAAGAUACACAGGGUGCAAAACAUAAAGGAAAACAAAAAUUUAAAGUGAAGGAAAUGUAUCUCACCAAACUCCUGUCUACAAAGGUUGCAAUUCACUCAGUUGUUGAAAAACUCUUUAGGAGCAUUUGGACUUUGCCUAAUAAUAAAGCACCAGUUGCUAUCAAAUAUUUUUUUGAGUUUUUGGAUGCUCAGGUUGAAAAUAAAAAAAUUACAGAUCCCGAUGUGGUCCAUAUAUGGAAAACCAACAGUCUUCCUCUUCGAUUCUGGGUGAAUAUAUUGAAGAACCCUCAAUUUGUAUUUGAUAUUAAGAAGACUCCACAUAUAGAUGGCUGUCUAUCAGUAAUUGCACAAGCAUUUAUGGAUGCCUUUUCUCUAUCAGAGCAACAACUGGGAAAGGACGCACCAACAAAUAAACUUCUUUAUGCGAAGGAUAUUCCACUUUAUAAAGAAGAAGUUAAAGCUUUUUAUAAAGCAAUAAAGGAUUUGCCUUCAUUAUCCACUUCAGAGCUAGAAGAUUUUUUAACUCAGGAAUCGAAGAAACAUGAAAAUGAAUUUAAUGAAGCUGUGGCCUUGAGUAAAAUUUACCAAUACAUUGCAAGAUAUUUUGAUGAAAUACUGAAUAAAUUGGAGAAAGAAAGAGGGCUAGAAGAAGCCCAGAAGCAGCUCCUGAAUGUAAAGGAUUUAUUUGAGGCAAAGAAAAAAUGCAAGUGGAUUUAAGAAGAGUUUAGUGAUCCCUAACAGGGAUUAAUUAAAAAAACUUUUAGUGUCACUGAAACGAAAUUCAAAAUAGUGUGUCCAAUCCAGUUCUACUCAUGCACAACUGGUAGCACACAAGAUGUGCUACUACCCAGAUGGGAAUGUGCAUCCCAGAUGCAUCAACAGACUCAUCCCAUCAGUUCAGUGCAGCCUGGAUCCACAGUGUAUUGCAAUUGUAGAUAUGCAGCCAGAUGUGCUUCUGUACCAGUGGAAGACUGCUGCCGUGUACAGGUCUUUCUUACCUGAUUGAAGCAAUCAAGUAAUUUUAGCAGUAUUUUGAAUCCUUUUACCAUAUACUACUGAUAUAUGUGCUUUUUUAAAAAAGCUCAGAUGCACAAACCUUCUAUGAAAUGAUGUGCUUGCAUUUUAUUUUCAGAGUGGUGCUCCAUAGGUCAGUUUGCCCUAAAUAAGUCUCUAUGUCUUCAUUGAACUUAACAGUGCAGUGUGAGCUUUAGAGGUCCUUCCUGUAAAUCCGGCAUAAGCACAAAUAUAUGUUCCUGCAACCGACAGCCUGAGUGCUGAGACUCUUAAGGCAAAGCCACUGGAUGUUUGUAAAAUGAGGUAUGAGAGGGUCUGGGCAUAUUGCAACAUGACCAGAACAUGGCAUGGGACUGACACAGAGUAGGAUGGGGAAACUCCUAUUCAUUCCUAUUCAGAUGUUCUCCAUACCCUAUUCUUUCUACA